UUCUCUAGCUCCUUCAAACUUGAGAAACUCAAAACCCUUUUUAUUUCUGGUUCCAUAAAUAAGUUUCAGUCUGAUAUAUAUAUACAUACAUAUAUAUAUAUAACUUGAGAAAUUAAUCCAGGAUGGUUGUACCUUCUCCGACUCCAAAUCCGAUAUGGAGCAAAAAGGCGAGAACGGCGCCGCUGGGAAUUCCGACUAUUGAUUUCUCUGUUGAGAGGUCUGUAUUGUCCAAACAAAUUGUGAAGGCAUGUGAAGAAUAUGGUUUCUUCAAGGUGGUGAACCAUGGUGUAGCAAAGGAGAUAAUUACAAGAAUGGAAAAGGAAGGGUUCAAUUUCUUCUCGAAACCGGCCUCGCAGAAACAACAAGCUGGUCCACCCAAUCCUUUUGGUUAUGGUUGCAAGAACAUCGGCUUCAAUGGCGACACUGGUGAGCUUGAGUACCUUCUCCUUCAGACCAACCCUCUCUCCAUUUAUGAGAGAUCUAAAACCAUCUCCAAUCACCCUGCCAAGUUCAGUUGUGUUGUGAAUGAUUACAUACAAGCAGUAAGGAAUCUGGCAUGUGACAUUCUUGAUCUAGCGGCUGAGGGCCUUCGGUUGACAGACAGAUCAGUGUUCAGUAAGCUCAUCGGAGACGUCCAAAGUGACUCUUGCUUCAGGAUCAAUCACUAUCCACCAUCAUCAAAACUACUCAAUUCAGGUAUCGGAUUUGGAGAGCAUUCUGACCCUCAGAUCUUGACCAUACUAAGAUCCAACGAUGUGGGUGGCCUCCAACUUUGUCUCAGUGAUGGCUCUUGGAUCCCGGUCCCUCCUGAUCCCACUGACUUUUGUGUCUUCGUAGGCGAUGCUUUGCAGGCGAUGACAAAUGAAAGGUUUAUGAGCGCGAGACACCGGGCAAUGGCAAAUUCUUGUGUUAAGGCAAGAAUGUCGAUGAUGUAUUUUGGGGCUCCACCUCUUCAUGGAAGGGUAUCUCCUCUUCCACAGAUGGUCUCACCAUGCAACCCUAGCAUGUACAAACCUUUCACUUGGGGAGAAUACAAGAAAGCUGCAUAUUCUUUGCGUUUGGGAGAUCGUCGUCUUGACCUCUUCAAGAUCCAUACAAGCCACGAUAAUAUAAUUAAUUAGGAAUAUUUUUUCUUUACUCCAUGAAUCAGUUCUUUUAAUAUUGUGAUCUUAUUAUAUAUUAGGCAUAGAAAUCAGAUGGAAGAAGCAUUACUUUUGUGUAUGUGUAUAUAUCUUUGUUACAUAUUAAUUAGUUAGUUGAAGGAUGAUUAUUGUAUUUCCUUUAAAGGGGAAAUUUUUGUUUACGGUGUUCCCCUGCAAAAAUUAAUACAUGUAUGACUCG